UGCUGUUCAAGAAAGCCAUUUCCAGUUUCUUUUUCGUCUAAAAAUGAAAAAAUAAGUAGUUCAGCUUCACACGAAAUUUAGCUUGUCUGUUUCUUGCUUUCACUUCAUAAUAUCUAACUAAUUCUUGGUUUUGGUUGUCAAACGUGGUACAAAUUGCAAGAACGUGGGAGGCCCGUUUUUCUUUGUGUUCAUUUCUUGCUGCCCUUUAAGUUUCGGGGCUCAGUUUCAAGGGAUUUGAGUUCUGAGUGAAUCAUAAGUGCUUCUGAUUCUGGCUCUCCUGAUUUUCAACUGAAAGGUUUAACACCUUGAAUGGCGGCGAUACUGGCUUCAUAUAGCUGCUGUUGUAGCAUUGGAGAAUUAGCAUAUCGUGGAAGGGUGCAAGAUGAUCUGAGUUUUUCAGGCUUGUUAUCGCACAAUAGUUAUGCAGAUUUUGACAAAGAUUUGUACAAUCUGGCUAAAGCUAGGAAAUUCUAUAGGUUUCGAGUCAGAAUGCAACAGACAGAAAUUCCCACAAAAGUAGGUACAAACGGACGAGCUACUAAAAUGUUACCUGCAACCGAGGUCAAGAAACGAAUCUCUCCAUCCAUAAGUACAACAGACAACGUAAAUGGAGCCCCCAAGAAUGUGAAUGGGGUACGUGAUGUGAAUGGAGGAAGAAGUCUUGUUAAGAGAGAUCCUACUCCACCCCUUUCAAAAACUUCAACUACUAAAGAGCUUCCUCCUAUUGAAGACCUGAAAGUUUUACCUUCAGAUGAAGGUUUUAGUUGGGCCAAUGAAAAUUAUAACUCAGUACAAAGAACUAUAGAUGUGUGGUCUUUUGUUCUUUCACUUCGUGCGCGAAUCUUUUUGGACAAUGCAAAGUGGACAUAUGUUGGAGGCUUCUCCGAGGAUAAGCAGGGGGAGAGGAGACGACGUACUGCCUCAUGGUUAAGGGAAUGUGUGUUGCAACUUGGUCCGACUUUUAUAAAGCUUGGUCAAUUGUCAUCAACUAGAUCCGAUCUGUUUCCCAAAGAAUUUGUUGAUGAGCUUGCGAAGUUGCAGGAUAGAGUACCUGCCUUUUCACCAAGCAAAGCAAAGAAAUUCGUUGAAAAUGAAUUGGGUGCACCUAUCCACAUUUUGUACAAGGAGUUUGAAGACUUACCAAUUGCAGCUGCUAGUCUUGGUCAGGUACACCGGGCUAUCUUGCACAACGGAGAGAAAGUAGUCGUGAAAGUUCAAAGACCAGGACUAAAGAAACUUUUCAACAUUGAUCUUAAAAAUUUAAAGCUGAUCGCUGAAUACUUUCAAAGGAGUGAAACUCUCGGCGGCCCAACAAGGGAUUGGAUUGGAAUAUAUGAAGAAUGUGCUAAGAUCUUGUACGAGGAAAUUGAUUACGUGAAUGAAGGAAAGAAUGCUGAUAGAUUUCGUCGGGAUUUUCGAAAUAUAAAGUGGGUCCGAGUACCUAUGGUCUACUGGGAUUAUACAGCAACAAAGGUGUUGACGUUGGAGUAUGCUCCCGGCAUUAAGAUAAACCAGUUAGAUAUGAUAGACGCGCGGGGAUACAGUCGGGCUAAUAUUUCGUCACGUGCUAUUGAAGCCUACUUAAUUCAGAUACUAAAGACUGGUUUCUUCCAUGCUGAUCCUCAUCCUGGAAAUCUUGCUAUUGAUGUGGACGAAGCGCUUAUUUACUACGACUUCGGCAUGAUGGGAGAAAUUAAGAGCUUUACAAAGGAAAGACUCUUAGAGGUUUUCUAUGCUGUUUAUGAAAAGGAUGCAAAAAAGGUUAUGCAAGGUCUCAUAGAUCUUGGAGCACUUCAGCCCACAGGAGACAUGACAUCGGUGAGGAGAUCGGUGCAGUUUUUCUUGGAUAAUUUGCUAAACCAGAGACCCGAUCAACAGCAAACUUUGUCAGCAAUUGGUGAGGAUUUAUUUGCAAUAGCAACAGAUCAGCCAUUCCGCUUUCCUUCCACUUUUACAUUCGUGCUGAGGGCGUUUUCAACACUUGAAGGCAUCGGCUAUACUCUCAACCCGGAUUUUUCCUUUCCGAAGAUUGCUGCACCUUAUGCUCAGGAGCUCUUGGACUUAAGACAGCAGCAGCGUACUGGGACACUCGUUCAAGAAAUAAGGAAACAAGCCGACGAUGCAAGAUCGUCCACGAUCUCCAUGCCUUAUCGGAUCCAGCAGAUAGAAGACAUAGUGAAACAGCUUGAAUCCGGAGAUUUGAAGCUCCGAGUCCGAGUCCUCGAGUCGGAGAGAGCAGCAAGAAAAGCUACAGUACUACAGAUGGCAACCAUAUAUACCGUUGCCGGCGGUACCCUCCUAAAUCUUGGGGUCACAUUCAGCAACCAAGGCAGUGAAGUCAUCGCAAACGGUUCUUUCGUUGCUGCAGGUGUUUUCUUCACUCUGUUUAUCAGAUCCAUGCAGAGGGUGAGCAGACUUGAUAAAUUUGAGAAAAUGAUUUGAUAUCUGCUUCAUGUGUACAGGUUUUUUCUCCUUGUUCCAUUGAUUAGACCUGCUUAAAGGAUGGAAAAAGAUUUAAUCAAGAAAAAUAUCUAUAUAUAUAUAUAUUUAUUUA